AUGCGUUCACGUCAAACAGAUACAGAACAACAAAUACUGUAUGAUAAACAAAUUUCAAGAGUUGAAGAAUUAUUUCAAAAUUUUCAAGCUUUAUAUGAUGAUAAAAAUAAAUCAUCGAAAUUAUUUAUUGAUAAUCAAAAUCUUCUUUCAUCUUAUAAAGAAAUUAUUUUUUUAUGCAACACAAAACCAUUUGAUAAUGAAUGUGUAUAUCAAUAUAUUGAUCAAUCUGAACUUCGUUGUCAAAUGAAUAUGCAAAUGUAUAAUUUGUUACGACCAACUGUUAUAACACGUUCACGCGACUAUAUUCCUCAAAUUAUUCAAUUUAUUGAAAAAAUUCAUAAACUUGGUUAUGCAUAUGAAAUUAAUUCGUCAAUAUAUUUUAAUAAAUCAAAAUUUUAUGCAGAACAUUCAGAUUCACAAGUACAACUUGAUUCAAUUGCUAAUGCUGCUGCAACAUUAAAUAAAAAAGAAGAACAAUUAACAACACCGAAAUAUACUAGCAAAAACAGAGAAAAAUUUAGAUAA